GGUAAGAUCCUCACUAUCCUUGAUUUUGAAAGGUUUCGUGGGUUAUUCUUGGUUUUAAUUACCUGUAACAGGUAUGAUUAUAAAAAACUCUUGCAUAAUGCAACAUUCUGCCUGGUGCCAAGAGGAAGGAGACUGGGAUCAUUCCGGUAUUUGGAAGCAUUGCAGGCUGCUUGUGUGCCUGUUCUGCUUAGCAAUGGCUGGAUUCUCCCCUUCUCCGAGGUCAUCGAUUGGAACAAGUCGGUCAUCUGGGGAGACGAACGGCUGCUUUUACAGGUUCCAUCCAUUGUUCGCUCUAUACCUGAGGAACAAAUUCUUAGCCUGCAGCAGCAGACACAGUUUUUGUGGCAAACAUAUUUUUCCAAUUUGGAUAAAAUCGUCACAACAGUCUUGGAAAUCCUCAAGGACCGAAUUUAUACAAGCAUGGCCCGUAACUUAAUGCUAUGGAAUAGCAUGCCUGGCGCCCACUUCAUCAUGCCAGAAUAUUCGGAUGCCGCCAUAACAUAUCCUUUUUAUUAUAGACAGCUUGGCCGUGAGCCGUCAUCCCAAUUCACAGCUAUAAUAUACGUUGUCACACCUGUGACAUCUUCUUCUUCACCAUUGUUUCGACUGGUACGAAAUGUUGCCAAGUCUGCUUAUGUACAUAAGAUUUUAGUUAUCUGGCACUGUGAUGUUUCUCCCCCUCCUCCCCGCAAGUGGCCUUCAGAUCUUGCUGUCCCUAUUCUGGUCAAGACUAGAAAUAUCAAGUCCAUCAGUGCACGGUUCUUCCCCUACAGAGAUGUAGAAACAGAUGCUGUGUUCAGUUUGGAUGAAGAUGUACUUCUCAAUACAGAUGAGAUUGAUUUUGCCUUUUCUACUUGGAGGGAAUUCCCUGAACGUAUUGUGGGCUACCCGGCCCGGAACCAUUUCUGGGAUGACUCUCACGCGAAAUGGAGUUACACUUCCAAGUGGACAAAUGAUUUCUCCAUGGUUCUCACUGGGGCAGCAAUAUACCACAGGUACUACAACUACCUGUACAGUAAUCUGCUCAACAAGUACCCCGUAAAAGCAGUAGUGGACCAGUUACAGAACUGUGAAGACAUCCUCUUCAACUUUCUAGUCAGCCAUAUUAAUAGGGUCCCGCCCAUCAAAGUCACCCAACGCAAACUCUACAAGGAGUCUAUGAUACCGAACACGAGCGGAAAGCCGUCAGUCUGGCUGAACACACAGCAUUUCAUCCAGAGACAGUCUUGUAUCCACAACUUCACGAACACUUUUGGAUACAUGCCCCUCAUUCGGUCCAAGCUACGCAUGGAUCCGAUCUUCUUCAAGGACCCUGUAUCCAAUUUACGCAAAAAAUACCGUCAAAUAGAGCUCGUCUAGUUACUAAUAAAUAAUAAAAUAAAAUAAAAUAAAUACAUAAAUGAAAAUUUAAAAAAAAAAAAAAAGAAAAAAAUUAAACAAAAAGCUUCGGUGAAAAAAACUGAAGUUUAACAAGAAUUCUCUGUGCCAGGUGCUGCCGUUUUUUUUUUUUUUUUUUUUUUUUACCUGUUUCUUUCUCUCUCCGAAAGUUCCUUGCACUCCAUUACUCCCCCACCGCUAUCCACACCACCAUUCUUUCAAAAUAUCAGGAAAAAAAUGAUUUUCAAAAAAAAAAAAUAAUAAAACAAAAAAAAAGGGUCAAAAUCAAAUUAUCAUAAUAAUCAAUCAAUCAACCAACCAAUCAAACAAAAUCAAUCAAAAACUAUAUAUAAACAAUGUUGGGUCCAGCAAAUAAGAAAAAAACCCUCCGUUCCUCCCUCCUGCAUACCCACCGAUUAAUCCCUAAAAAAAAAAUAUAUAUAUAAAUUC